UUACAGGAGCACAUCAACUCUAGGCACAGUCGAUGGUAUAAAAGAGCUGUGCACUCAGUCAAACACAUCAUUUCGAAGAGAAGGAAGCAAUCUGCAGUUUCUUCAGGAGCCUGUCAUCAUGUUUCCAGCAGUGGCCUCAGUUGUGGUUUGCAUUGCCCUGGCUCUCAGUGGGGCUGCAGCUCAGGGUGACGACAAGAAAGAAGUGGAGAAGAGGGAAGUGUCAAUGUGCGCGGGUUCCUGUCUGAAAGGAUGGGUCGGUUUCAAUGACCGGUGCUACCAGUAUGUAAAGGACAAGAAGACAUGGGCUGAUGCUGAGCUGUACUGCCUCAGUAUCGGGGGGAAUCUCGCCUCCGUACACAGCGUCGAAGAGAACAAUUUCAUCCAGAACCUGAUCAACAAGAAUGAUGCCUCAGAUGCUUUUACCUGGCUUGGGGGUUCUGACUGCUUCAAGGAGGGGUCAUGGUAUUGGACCGAUGGAUCUAAAUGGGACUACAACAACUGGAACAAGGGAGAACCCAACAACUUAUUUAUUGAAAACUGUCUGCAUAUUCAUUUUGGGGUUCCUGGAGGUUGGAAUGACAAAGCCUGUAAUAAUUUGUAUCCAUCUGUCUGUAUGUAUAAAUAUAAUGAUCCACGCUGAAACAGAAUGUCAGCUUUUUGACAGUUCUGAUUGAUAAAUAAAAUUAAGCAGCAUUCA